AUGGCACGAAGAUCGAGCCAUCCCCAGGAGCCUGAAAAAGCAAACCAAAGAAUGCAAGGCCAUCCCUUCAUCUAUGCCUCAGGCCCCCAGGAAGCCCAGACAAUACUGAUCACCAGACUCCCCAGAAGGAGCUCAAGCACCCCCCUGCAGACCACGUGUCCUUACUGCGGCAGUAACGUCAUUACGGUCACCAGCCACGUCCCGGGGGUCAUCACCUGGCUGCUGUGCACUGGCCUCUUCCUGUUUGGGUGUGUGCUGGGCUGUUGCCUCAUCCCCUUCUUCAUCAGCGGCCUGAUGGACGUAAGACACUCCUGUCCUGUAUGUCACCAGCAGCUCUUCUACUUCCGGCGUCUGUGA